ACAUCAUAUAUUACGUAUUGUGAAAUUUUGAAAUUCAGUUUUAGUUUUGUGUCACUUUAUAAUCUAUGUGCACGUAGUUAAUGUUGCUUUGGCUCAGCAACGUUUUAAAGUGUUUUGAUAAUUUAUAAAGUUUUUUAAUUGUGAAUUUUAUUAAAAACACAAUGUCUGUAGCUGUUAAAGGUAUAUUUAUCGUGGGUGCCAAGCGCACUGCGUUCGGCACAUUCGGUGGCGUGUUCCGCAACACCUCUGCCACGGAGCUGCAGACGGCGGCCACCACGGCGGUGCUUCGUGAGGCCGGCGUUGCCCCCGACCAGGUCGACACUGUUGUCAUCGGACAGGUUAUGUCGGCGUCGCAAGUGGACGGUAUCUUCACGCCGCGUCACUCCUCGCUGAAGGCGGGCAUCCCACAGGAACGGCCAGUGCUCGGCAUAAACAGACUCUGCGGCUCCGGCUUCCAGUCUAUUGUUAACAGCGCACAGGAUAUUCUGACUGGUUCAGCUAACAUAUCGUUAGCUGGUGGUGUAGAAAACAUGUCGCAAGCUCCGUUCGCGGUGCGAGGUGUUAGAUUUGGUACAGCAUUGGGCACAUCUUACGCAUUCGAGGACACGCUAUGGGCGGGUCUGACAGACAGCUACUGCGGUCUCCCAAUGGGCAUGACUGCUGAGAAGCUCGGCGCACAGUUCGGAAUCACCAGGGCUGAGGUAGAUGAGUUCGCGUUACGUUCUCAACAACGGUGGAAGACUGCGAACGACGCAGGCGUGUUCAAGGCGGAGAUCGAGCCUCUGACUCUGACGGUGAAGAGGAAGGAGGUGCGCGUGGAAGUGGACGAGCACCCUCGGCCGCAGACCACGCUCGAAGGCCUCAAUAAGUUACCACCCGUCUUCAAGAAAGAAGGUCUAGUCACUGCUGGAACUGCUUCGGGUAUAAGUGAUGGUGCUGGAGCCCUAGUGCUGGCGAGUGAGGCAGCCGCCAAGAACCUGAAGCCACUCGCUCGUCUGGUGGGCUGGUCCUACGUGGGAGUAGACCCCAGCAUCAUGGGCAUCGGGCCCGUGCCAGCCAUACAGAACCUGCUUAAGGUCACCAACAUGACCCUCAAUGAUAUCGACCUGGUUGAGAUCAACGAGGCAUUCGUAGCACAGACGCUAUCGUGUGCUAAAGCCCUGAAGCUGGACCUGGAGAAGCUGAACGUGAACGGCGGUGCGACUGCGCUCGGACACCCCCUGGGCGCAUCAGGCUCCCGCAUCACCGCACAUCUCGUGCACGAGCUCAGACGACGUGGUCUAAAGCGAGGUAUUGGGUCCGCGUGCAUCGGAGGUGGUCAGGGCAUCGCGCUCAUGAUUGAAACUGUUUGAUUUAGUAUAAAUUAU